CUACCCCAAAAAGCAGAGGAUGGAUUCCCAAUUUCAUUCGCAAAAAUAACUCAGAAAGAGCUGGCUAGAGGUGGCAAAAACGGAUGGCGAACAUCUGCUUAGUUAAUAUAAAGUGGGUUUAGUUGUUGUUUUUAAUGAUAACUAGAAAGUUCUUAUCUAAAUAGGCGGAUGGGUGACUACCAUUCUCGGCGCUUCCAUGUGAGAAGACGAUGAAGAAUUUCAGCAGCAGUCCCCGUCUAAAGAAUCACACCGCGAAUCACAGCAGCAGAGAUCCGAACAACAGGAAGGGAUUCUGGUUAUCGACUCUUGGGCUUCGAUGCUCCUUACGCGAUUAUGCUUUCUGUAUGGCUACACUGUUUCUUUUCUGUCUUGGUUCAAUCUUUUAUCAGCUGAACGGAGGACCCCCUAAAGUUCUGCUGGAAAUCAGGCAAUAUCUUGGAGAAUCCACUUUUGUUGAUGACCACGGGCCCCUUGUACCAAGGGUGCUGCCGUUUCCAAGUCAGGUGAUCUACAACAGGGUGGGCAAGUGUGGAAGUCGGACAGUCGUUCUGCUGCUGAGGAUUCUAGCAGAAAAGCACCAGUUUAACCUGGUGUCCUCUGACAUUCAUAACAAAACCAGACUCACAAAGCAUGAGCAGGUGGAGUUGAUGAGAAACAUCAGCACUAUUCCGCAGCCUUUUCUGUACACCAGACAUGUUCAUUAUCUCAAUUUUACAAGGUUUAGGAUAGAGCAGCCUGUCUACAUAAACAUCAUCAGGGAUCCCAUUAACCGUUUCCUGUCCAAUUACUUUUUUCGGCGUUUUGGGGACUGGAGAGGAGAACAGAAUCAUUUGGUCCGCACACCCCAGAUGAAAGAGGAGGAGAGAUAUCUGGACAUUAAUGUUUGCAUCAUGGAGAACUACCCAGAGUGCUCUAACCCUCGCCUUUUCUACAUUGUUCCAUACUUCUGUGGACAGCACCCUCAGUGCAGGGAGCCAGGUUUUUGGGCUCUAGAGAGGGCCAAACUAAAUGCUUUGGAGAACUUCCUCCUUGUUGGUAUUCUGGAGGAGUUGGAGGAUGUAUUGCUCCUGCUGGAGAGACUCCUACCUCAUUACUUCAGUGAUGUCCUGACCAUCUACAAGAGUCCAGCAUUCUGGAAAAUGGGGAACCUUACAGGCACUGUAAAGAAGCACAUGCCCAGUCUAGAGGCCCUGCAGGUGCUUUACCAAAGAAUGAAGUACGAGUAUGAGUUUUACAACUUCAUUCGUGAUCAGUUCCAUCUCACAAAGAAGAAAAUUGGACUUAAGUCCACCUCUCAGAACUCUGGUCAUGAACCUGACUUCCUCCGUGAGCUUGCCCUCAGGACUCAUGACCCUUUGGAAGAGGAGGAGGAAGAGGAGGAGGAGGAGGAGGAAGAAGAGGAGGUGGGUCAAGAGGAUGCCAACAUUUGGUUGGUUCAUCCCUGAGUGUCGCCAUGGAUAUCUAAGCAUGGCAGAAAUAUCAUAAGCUUGAUGUAUGUCCAUUCUAGAGACAUUCCCAGGAAAAAAUGGGUGUAUAAUUGUGAGCCCCGUGUUUUUAACGGGAUGGACACUCUGCCCUCUCAGGAGCAGCUCAGGAGGGUCUGAAAAGUUUUAUUUAAGGAACUGACAAUUAUGGCUCAAAUGAUUUUGUUAAAGAGUUCAUGCAAUAGCAUCAGCAUAUUUCAUAUGUUCAUGUAUGAAAGAAAUCUGUUGCAUAGUUUUGGUCAUUUCCUGGUGAGAUGGAACAAGAUUUGGAUUACAGGGAUGCAAUCCCUAAAUUGUCUGAAUGGAAGGAAGAACUAAAUGUGGUACAGUAUAGAAGAAUCUGAAGUUCUAUGGAUGAAGUGAUUUUAUCCAAUAGUCUACUCCGUACCUGGAACCUGGGUGACCUCAGACUGCACACAUCAGCUGAAGAGAUGCACACCUACACACCACAAACAUUUACAGACAAAACGAUGGAGGCAAAUGAGGAUAACAGCAGCCUUUGUGAGUCAAAGUGCCAAACCACAAAGUGCCAGAGAUUAUUGCAAUAAACCUAGAAGCUGUAGAUCUGCUGUUGCUGUAAUCAACCAACCAAUCAACAACAAUACAAGUGAUAUAAGAGCACUAAUAAUAUCUGAUCAUAUCGUUGUUGGUCAUUUCCUCCUCUGGUUUCAGAAACCUGCUGCAACUCUGUGCCAGAACUUCACUGCUAGUUGUUUUGGAAGGAUCUUAUCUUUUGGACAAGUAAACUGUUGUACAGUGAACCAAACACUUUUUGAAUGUCUACAGGAUGUUUAAGUCAAUUGUAGCACACUGUUUAUCAACAUUUUUUAAUGUGUGUUAAUAAUCUUUCGCCCUCUUCAUUUUGUCAAAUGUAGUGUGUUUUCACCAAAAAAAAAAAAAAAAAGAUCAAA